UUAUAGAAAUCCUAAAACCCCUUCUUUUCCAUAUCCUUUUCCUUGUCCCUCUCGCCCUCUAAAACCCCUCUCUAUAUAUACAAACGCUACACGCGACGUUCAAAUUCGAAAAGUAACGUCGUUUUAACUUAUAGACAAUGGUAGUGAACGACAGGCCCCUAAAAAGACCCAGGAAAAACAGAGUCACUGCCAAUCUCUACGACUUCUACACGUUUCCGACCGGAGUGGCGGAGGAACAGUUGCCGUCGAGUCCAUUCCGGGAUAACAUUAAACAGUUUCUAUCUCGCCAUGCACGCGUUUCUUUCCCCCCUCCACUUUUUCCAAGCCUGCUUAUGUGGCAGAUCGUGUUUCGUGUCGGAGAUCUGGUGGACGGUCCAGAUCUCUCGCCGGUCGUGGUUUUACUUGAUAUAGUCGAAGAAGACGUAACUAGAACCGCCAGAUCCGCCUACUGCAACCAUUGCCAGGUGGUCGGAUGGAGUGGGCAUCCAGUUUGUAGAAAACGGUACCACUUUAUAAUAAGAGCUACAAGCAGCCAUAAUUCAGAUGAGCAUCAAAAGUUGUGCAUUAAAUGCAGCAGUUUGUUAGAUAUAUCAGAAUCGAGGUGUAAGUGGUGUGAUACUGUAAUUAAUGGGGACGAUGUGGAUAUGGAAGAUUGGCUGUAUUCCCAAUUUGAAGAUAAUACUCAUCUAUUGCAUGGUGUUGUUCACUCCAAUGGGUUUGGUCACCUUCUUAGAGUCAAUGGAAGAGAAGGUGGUUCUAAUAUUCUUACUGGAUCUCACAUUAUGGACUUUUGGGAUAGGCUCUGUGCAAUGCUUGCAAUCAGAAAGGUAUCAGUGAUGGAUGUGUCAAGAAAAUACGGGAUGGAGUAUAGAUUACUGCAUGCAAUCACUAAAGGUUGUUCAUGGUAUGGUAAUUGGGGUUAUGAAUUUCAACGUGGAAGCUAUGCACUCACCUCAGAUUCCUACCAGAAAGCAGUAGAGACUCUCUCAAAAGUGCCCCUAACCCCACUUUUGUUUCAGAGGCGAAAGCCGCGUACACAGUUGCAGGCUGUUAUUGCUUUUUACUGUUCUUUGUCAGAUUUGGAGCUUGUAACGUUAAAGGAUCUUUGCUUCUUUUUGCUGAAGUUAAUCCAUGAGAGUAAUGAUCUGUUAUUGGCCAAAGCAACAGAAAAGAACUUGGGAUCUUAUGCUUCAAAUGCUUUGUGUGCAUGGACAAGGAAUGAUGUUGAAUGUGUUCAGCAAACUAUGAUCAAGGUGGUGGAAGCAGCAUCUGGUGUGAACAAUUGGGUGUCGAGGCAUGCUCUAAAGGGUGUCAUGUAUAAAAGAGCAUCUCCAGAGCUUCUUGAUUAUUGCCUCAAACACUUAGGGGGGAAGUUGGCAGCUAAUGGCAUGGUGGUUCAGACCCGAUGCAAUCCUGAUUCAUAUGAUGCUGAAUACAGACUUGUCACACUAAGUCAUGUACAUCAUGGAGAUGGUUCGGACAAAAUUCAACGGUCACUAGAGGUCAUCAAACGUGAUCUUAAAUUUAUACUUGAUUCUUUACUUGACCCUAAAACUAUAGUGAACUAUGGACCUCAAGUAACUAGAGAAAGUGUGACUGAUGCUGCAACAACAAUUCUUGAUUGCAAACAAUUUAUGAAGGAUUACCUACCUGACAAAAUGAUACGAAGUAUUCCAUCCGCCAUUCAUCUUUUCUGUCACAUAGAGCUUUCAGAUCAACCUAAAGAUGAUCCAUCAAUCAUACCUCCGGAACUAAUUGUCUUGCCUUUAAAUGCUACUGUUGCUGAUCUUAAGAAUGAAGCCACUAAAGUUUUUCAAGAAGUGUAUGCAAUGUUUAAGAAGUUUGAAGCUCAUGAACUCAGCGAAUAUGGUUCUUUAGAGGAUUCAAUUACCCUGAAAUUUCUUCUUGGAACAAGUGGAUCAGUUAAGAUUAAAGGCACAUGCCCAUCAAAGCAUGCACUUAGCCAUUUUCGAAUGGAAAGAGGAACAGAGAGGUGGACGGUUGAUUGUCCUUGUGGAGCUAAAGAUGACGAUGGUGAGAAAAUGUUGGCUUGUGAUACCUGUGGUGUUUGGCAGCAUACAAGGUGUGCUGGGAUUGAUAGUGCUGAUAAAGUUACAUUUAUCUGCAUAAGAUGUAUGAACUCAUACCGCGAGAAAUGUGAAAGGGUCCCAGAUUUUAAGGAGGUACCUCGUGUAUCUAGAACAUUAACUUGCAGGAGUGAGGCAAUAGGAACUGGAAGUGUUCGAAUGACACAUUGUGUUCCCUAGGACUGUAUAUUUUUCUUGUACAUUGUAGGGCAGUUUUGUUCUCUUUUUUUUUUGUCUGGGGGGUUCAUUUGGAGGCUUUUGGCAUAUUUUUUUUGUCUCCCCCUCUUGAGUAAUGUAAUCCUUUCAAUAUUUUGUAUUUCGAUUCCCUUAUGUUGAAACGGAUUAUUAAAAAAAAAAAAAAAGA